AGGGGAGGAGUCAGGGGCGUGGCUCAGCAGCACUAGGACGGGCGCUCCUCCUGCCGCAGCUCAGAGCAGCCAGCAAUGCCGACCUGCCCGCUGCUCGCCCGCCUGCUGCUGGAGAGGGAAGAGUUAAAAAGAAGGUUCCGCUGAAGCCGUAAGACUUGGCUUUUUUUUUUUUUUUAACCCCAUCACUCCCAGAGUGAAUGAAGCUGGGCGCUCGCCAUCCUCUCCUGCCAAGCUGCCGGGCAUGAGUGACCAAUUGUGGGAUUAUUCGGAAAUCUCUUAAUGGAAGCGAUGUCACCUCAACAGGACAAUGGUGGACAGCAGCCCCGAUCGUCGUCCUUGACCGGGGAGCCCAAAAUAUCCGGGGGCCACGAAAAUCGCAAGAAAAUGAAGAGCUUGGCACAAAGACGUCAAUCUGCUCCAUCACUCGUGUUAAGUAAAGCUCUGAAUAAGUCGAAAACCAUCACCAAGGAUGGGUGCUUCUCACCUGUAAGCCCGGAAUCCUGUCCUCUUGUCCAAGCCUUCGUCUGUCCCAGCCGAUCAUUCAUAAUGCACAGCCAUGUUCAGCUGAAGACCGGUCUGCAGACACAGGAGCGCCAUCUUUUCCUCUUCACCGACAUCCUUAUCAUUGCCAAGUCAAAGUCUCCAUCUCACUAUAAACUGAAGCACCAUGUCCGGGUGAGCGAGAUGUGGACGGCGUCUUGCAUGGAGGAAGUCUGUGAGGGCAGCACUUACCCCGAGAGGUCGUUUGUCAUCGGCUGGCCAGUCACCAACUGUGUCGCCACUUUCAGCACCCCAGAAGAGAAGGACAGAUGGCUCAGGCUAUUCGAAAGAUACAUCAAAGAAGAAAAGGAAAAUGACCACCCUAAAGUAAUCCCUCUGAAGAUCAUUACCAAGGAUAUUGGGAACUGUGCCUAUUCAAAAACUCUGACUGUAACCAAUGAAGAUACUGUGACUGAUGUCAUUAAAAUGGCCUUGCAGCAAUUUGGAGUGGAGGGCUCAGAAACAGAUUACCAGUUGUGGGUCACCUCGGGCAAAGAUGAUGCACCUUAUCCUCUUAUUGGACAUGAAUUUCCAGUCGGGAUUAAAAUGAGCCAUAUCCGCGACGCUUUGCCACAAAUGCAGGGGGCAAAUAACUCCAUCAAUCUGGCGGGGGCUUUCCUCAUGGAGCAGCUGCCCCGGGAGAUGCAGUGUCAGUUCAUACUGAAGCCCAGUCGCCUGGCCGUAUGUCAGCAGCUAGCCGAUCCGAGCCAAAAGCCAUUUAGGAGGAAACGCUCCAUCAUAAACUGGACCUUCUGGCGCGGUUCAAACUCUCAGCUGGAUAAUAUCCCUCUUUCUCCAACCUCUUCAGCUCCUGGAAAGCUCUUUGGACUUUCGUUGCCUGCCAUAUGUGAGAAUGACAACCUGCCUAAAGCUGUCAUGGAUAUGUUAUCUGUCCUUUGCCAAGAUGGACCAUUCACAAGAGGCAUCUUUAGACGUUCUGCUAAUGCGAAAUCCUGCAAGGAGAUGAAAGAAAGGCUCAACUCUGGAUUUCAUGUUGAUUUUGCUUGUGAAUCUAUUUUUGUCACAGCAUCUGUGUUUAAGGAUUUCCUUCGUAAUAUUCCCGGCAGUGUCUUUUCAUCUAAACUCUGUGACAAAUGGGUUUCUGUGCUGAAUCAAGGAAGUCAAACGGAGAAAAUAAAAGCUGUGAAGAAACUACUAGAGAAGCUCCCGCAGACGAACGUCACACUGCUGCGCUAUGUGUUUGGAGUAUUACGUUGCAUUGAGCAGCGUUCUGAGAACAACCAAAUGACAGCCUUCAAUCUCGCUGUAUGCAUCUCUCCUAGUCUUCUUUGGAUGCCCAACCCUUCCAGCCCAGAGGCUGAGGGUGAAUUCACAAGAAAGGUGUCGGUUCUCGUGCAGUUCCUGAUAGAGAAUUAUUGCUUGGUUUUCGGAGAUGAUAUUUCAUUGCUAUAUGCCAGCUUAUCACCGAAGGAUGAUAACAGAGAGGAUAGUUCAGAUAUUUGUUCUUUCAAGCAUAUUGACUCAUCUUACGAUAGCCUGGAGAAUGAACUUAAUGAUGAUGGAGAUUCGCCGUACAGUGGUCUGCCUACAAGGAGGAAUCAUGACAACAGAAGCAGAGAUUCUGUUUUGACGCUAAGUGAUUGUGAUCUGGAUCACGUCUACAAUGAAGAGAACAGGGCCUAUAACUCCUCCCAUGCACAACCUGUGAAGAUGUCAGCAACGUCUCAACGUCGAUCAGUGUUACAUGAGCAGUCUGAGGAGGACUCCCUGUGUUCCAAUACUUCUGGGUACUCCUCUACUACCGAUGUGAGGCGGCACAGACGUUGCUCUGAACCAGCUAUUGGAAUUUUGGCUUCAAGGUUCAGUCAACUUAAUGAGUCUCCGCAUGAGAACAACUCAAGUUGUGAUGCUCUUCUUUCUCAGUCAGCUGAUGAUCAUCUCAAGCAGCAUCGCUAUCUUCAAGUUGAAGGCCAAAAACUUAUAAAUCGCAGUUUGACUUUGGGUAUUGACGUUGGUAAAAAUGGUAAUAAAAAGCAGACAGGGGACAAGAAAGGAACCUCCAAUAGACUCAUGCCACCCAAUGCUUUGAGACUAAAUAUUUGCUCUCGAACUAGUUGUUCUAGCUUGUCUUCUCCUGGGACAUCUCCUUCGGGAUCUUCAUUGAGUUCCUUGGACAGUGCUUUUUCUCAGUUCUCAGACUAUUCAGUGUUAAACUCAAAUGAAGUGCCUUCGCCCUUGGACUGCACAUUGCGGCAACACAAAAAACAAGUAGAACUCAGUCCAGAUUUCCUUGGAGAAAAUUCCUUUUCAGGAUUUGCAGUGGAUGAAGAGGGCAAGCAGCCUUAUAAUGGCUCCACUUAUAUUACUGGAAAAGAUGGAGCUGAGUUUCCAAACAAUAAAAUUUCACUUAGCGCUCCACCCAUGGCAUGGUUAAAAAAUAGUCGAUCUGCUGUAAAAAUCUGGUCCUCAAAAAAGACAGACAAGCAUGAUACUAGCCAUGCCACAAAAGCACUAUCAGCAAAUAUACAGGAAAUUUCAGAAUGUUCCUUAUUUAGGGAACACAUAACUGUGCCAAAUUUGGAGUGUGAAGCCAAGUACCUCCCAACAGGACAUAGACCUAAAGAAUACAAGGAGGAGGAUCCUCAAAGUCAAACUUCUAAACAUGGUGAAGAAGUAAGUAGUCGGAAACUCUUACCACAUAGCAGAGAUAAGGUUGUCCUUGAUAGAAAUGGGAAUGGUGACAACGGUUUGGAUUGUAGCUCAUUUAUAUUCCCAUCUCCUGUCUCCAUCAACAUUGAAAUAUCUUCACACGUCCAAGAAAGCACACAAUUGCCACAAACAUUUUUUCUCGGUCAUAAUAUUUCAUUGUUUAGUCAGCUGAACCGUAGAAAAUCUACUAAUUCUUGCAGCUUAGAGGAGCCUGUGCUUCUCAAUUCAAGUCUGAAGUCUUCUAGUGAACAUUCAAUCCACCAGCCUGAAGAGAACCCAUCUCGCACAAAGGAUGACACCACCAAAACCUCACUCAGUAGGGAUAUCAGCAUUCGUGUGGCCAGUUUUAAGAAGAAUAAAGUGCUACCUUCUAAUGUGGACACUGGAAUUAGGAUUGCAAAUUGCGACUUGGAGAAAAACUUUUGUGUUUCUCCAAAGCUAAGCACCAGUACUGGAGACUUAUUUUUCCAGUCGGACAUUCACAAACAAAUGAAAAAUCCACAAGAAUGUGACAGUCCCAUUACUAAGGGUGGCAGAGAUUGGCCCUCCAAAUUUUGUAGUGACCCGAAAUUUGAAGACAUUGACCAAAGAUUUUUCGCAGAGGAAUCCUAUGUAUAGGGUUGGGUUAGGAGAACCCAAAUAUCCUUCUUCAGUGGUCCUGAACUGCAUCUGGCAUACAAACUAAUGGUUUUAUUCAUAUAUUAUGAAUCCAUUUUGACUAUGGACGAGUCUAAUUUAUGUGUAUGAGUGUAGUGUGUUUUUUAUGAGAAAUUUACAGUAUUUGACUUUCUUAGUGUUCAUACAAGUGUUCCACUAGCAUUCAUUGAUACUCAUUCUAAAGUACAUAUGGGUUCGUUAUGUAUUGUGUUGUCUGAAUAGAAAUUAAAGGGGUUGUCU